GAGUCAGAGACCGAGCAACACAGUACACGCACUCUCACACGUCGCAACACGCACCCAAACCCUAAGUGGCCCAAAUUGCUCGAAGCCCACGUACCAAAUUUCCCCCUUCCACUUUCCUUUGGAACCUUCACCAAUCGCGACCCCCGCGUGGCCAUGGCGACGAACGUGCGGUGGCUUCAUCUCCUUCCUCUUAUUCCCCCUCGUCACCACCACCACCUCCUCCUCCUCCGCCGCCGCCCUCCGCCGCCGCUCGCCGUGCGCGCCUUCCGCCGUAGCGACGUCGACGGCUUCGUGCGGCGCGUCGCCUCCGGGGAGGCGCUCCGCGACGCGUGGCGCCGCGCGAACGACGGAUUCGAGCUUCUCGCCUUCGAGGCGCGCGUCGCCGCGCAGCGCCUCGACCGCCGCUUCGCCCUCUCCCGCCGAUUCGACUCCGCCGCGCGCGCCGCCGCCGCCCGCGCCCGGGAGGUCGACGCCGAGCUCGGCAUCGGCCGCCGGUGGCGAUCCUUCUCCGUCGAUUUCUCUCGCAAUUGGCCUAGGUACCGGAAAGAGCUGAAUGAUUUUGCGGAAACGCCAUUGGGGAGAGGUUUAGUUACAAUCUUUUUCCUCUGGUUUGCACUAUCUGGGUGGCUUUUUAGGUUCUUCAUAUUGGCUACAUGGGUGCUGCCGUUUGCUGCACCUCUUCUUAUCGGGACAUUUGCCAACAAUUUUGCUAUCGAGGGAACGUGUCCAGCUUGUAAAAGGCGGUUUGUGGGUUACCGCAACCAGGUGAUUCGAUGCAUGAGCUGCCAAAACAUUGUUUGGCAACCGAAGGACAGCUCCAGAGGAAGUGGCGGUGGUUCCUCUGGAAACUCAUCCCCAGACAUUAUCGACAUUGAGAUCGAGGAGAAAUGAGUCGAUUUCUUAAAUCAAUGGGAAAUUUCCUCGUACAGCUACUCUGCUAAAAUUCUCGCCAUGUAUAUUCUUCCGAGCAGUUUAGUCUCACUGUGUUGUUCUUUGUGUUCCUGUUUGUAUAUGAGAGUUUAUAGAGUUUUCGAUCUAGAAACAGUAAACACAGUAGACAGAUAUACUUUUUUUGGUUUACUUAGAUCUGUUGUGUAUGAUAGAUGCGUGCAUAAUUCCGACUUUCCCAAAUUUACAAAUGAUGAGUUUUUUUUUUUUUGGCU